UUCUUGAUGAUAAGGUGGCUCUGGUAUGUGUCUCUGGAUGUGAAUGUGAGAUAAGUAAGUGUGAAGCCUAUCUGUUGCUGAGUGGUAUUUAGUCUACUCGUAAAAUAUGCCAACUUCACCUGUUAAAUCCUUGCCCUCGGAUUUCUUCACGGUUAUCUACAGCCUAGCAGUUAAAAUUCAGUAUCUUCUUCAUAUAUUUUGAAUAUCUGCAAGCCUUCAAAUUUGGUCAAAAUUAAAUGCUUGUAAUUAAAAAUUCUAACAGUUUUUUUUUCCUGUAGAUAACCAUAUAAAGUUAGUAUAUACUUUGAGUAUAUUAAAAAGAAAUCUGGUAUUUUCUAAUUAUGUGUAUAUUUUACAUAUCUGUAAAUCAUAAGUUACAUUUAAUUUUAGAAAUAAACAUUUGUAUAUGUAGUUACUUUCUACUUGGAAGCCACAUCUUUUGAGUAAUAUAUUUUCCAGAGUAACAAAAAUUGGUACUGGCAGAAGUCCAAGGCACAUUAGAAUGUGAAUUUAGUACUUACUAAAGUUAAAUAAAUGGUUCAUUCUUAACUUUUGUAAUUCAUAUUUGUGAUUGUAUUUCUCCCAAGGUAUUAUAUGAAAUGUGUCAAAAAUGUAUUUUUCUGCAAAGGAGUAGUUUAAUGUUAGAUAUCAGACCAGAAAUCAAUAGCUGUGUAUGAUAUAGUUGUGAGCAAACAUGAAAAGCUCAUUACUACUAUUUCAUGAGAUUGCGGCUGUCACUUGUACAGGUAUUACAAGUAGUGUAUAUACAUACUUUGUGUAUGUAGAUGUUAUAAGCAAUAUAGCUCUAAUUUCUAGGGAAUACAUAUAGUUAGCAGAUGGAUUUAUAUUUGCUGAUAUUGGGCCGUGAUCAUGAGAUACAUGUUCAUAUAGGUAUACUAUUUGCAGCUAGAAUUUAGCAUGUAAUUUGUGAAAAUGUUAUUUGUCAAAACUUCAAGAACAUAAAUAUUUGAUGUUUAAAAUGUUAUUUCAAGCCUGGGAAGAGGUCUUUUUUUUUUAUCACAUUCUCUAAGGUUUAUCCUGUUUGGUCUUUAUGUGGACAUUUUAUAUUAGAAUUGAUUUUUUCAUUUAAAGAGAAGGAAUUGACUUCUAAGAACUUAUGAUAUCCGUCUCUUGGUUUUUCUUAUGACUCUUUAGAGUGCCAAUAGUGGAUGAUAAAGAUAAUUACUGUCAUUUUUCCCAUUCAUUCUUUGCCCAAAUCAAAACCCAUUCUUGUUUUAAAAAAAUACAAACUAGGGGUGUAUUUCAUGGCUAGUUCUGCUCAGAGUUUUAAAAUGUUAUACCCACUACAGUUCUAUCUCAAAUGUUCAACUAGCAUAGAAAUUUAUUCCUCAAAGAACUAAACAUCUCUACUUAAGACAUCCACAUGACAGCUACAUGAGGAUUGCAGCUCAUUCAAAGGUAAGCCUUUUCAUGUAUGUUCAAAUUAAGCCAAUGUUCAUAAGUAAUUAGAAAAUAACUGAUCAUUUCACCAAACUUUAUCAUUAGCAGGAAUAUACUUUAUAUUCAAUGCCAGAGGUCGUUUGCAGAUCCAUUCUUAACUAUGCCAAACUCUUUAUAAUGCAGGUGGAAGAAAAGUACCAUAUGAAGAGGAAAGAAAAAGAAACCAGUGAGAGAGUCCUAGGCUUUCUCAGACUGAUGGAAAUAGUAAGUGUACCAUUAUCAGAUCUGCCUGUCCUCGCUGCGCAGUGGGAAGAGUUUCGUGUGCCUAUAGACUGACUGUAACCAUGUUCAGCUGCUGACAGUGUGAAAUUGAGUUGUAUGGUGGACAGAAGACAAGCAGUCAAGAGAAAUCCCCAAAGCCCAGUAAAAAGCCAAUAGGAACUCAGAGCAUGAUUGACAAUGAGAAGAGACGCUGCUCAAGCCUCAGGUAGGCUGUUCACCAUGGAAACAGACAUCACCAAAAGCUGCACGAGCGUUGUCAUCUGAAGUGGAAGCUAAGAGCUGCAUCUUGGACAGCUUUGGGUAAAAAUGAAGGUGCCUGUGUUAGAGGAUGUAAAAGAUGAAACUGAAGAGGAAAAUGUGGAAGAGGAAGAAAAACAGGAAGACAAGGUAUUUCUUAAACCUGUUAUUGAAGACCUAAGCAUGGAACUGGCCAGAAAGUGCACUGGACUCAUUAGUGAUAUCCAUUAUAAAGAAGAGUAUAAAAAGUCCAAGGACAAAUGCACAUCUGUGACUGACACUCCCACGCUAAACCAUGUAAAAAACAUCGGUGCUUUUAUUUCUGAGGCAAAAUACAAAGGAACCAUUAAAUCUGAUCUUUCCAACUGUCUGUAUAAGCACAUGCCGGCCACCAUUGACAGUGUCUUUGCAAGAGAAGUGUCCCAGCUUCAGAGUGAGGUUGCCUACAAACAGAAGCAUGAUGCCGAGAAAGGACUCUCGGAUUACGCCCACAUGAAGGAGCCUCCGGAGGUGAGACAUGCCAUGGAGGUCAACAGACACCAGAGCAAUAUUUCUUAUAGAAAAGAUGUGCAGGACAUCCACAUGUAUACAGCGGAGCUUGACAGACCGGAUAUCAAGAAGGCAACUCAGAUCUCCAAGAUCAUAAGCAAUGCAGAAUACAAGAAAGGGCAAGGCAUAGUGAAUAAAGAGCCUUCUGUAAUUGGAAGACCAGAUUUCGAACAUGCUGUGGAAGCCUCAAAACUUUCCAGUCAGGUUAAAUAUAAAGAAAAAUUUGAUAAUGAAAUGAAAGGAAAAACCCACUCUUACAACCCGCUGGAAACUGCUUCUUUUCGGCAACACCAGCUCGCUACUGUCCUGGCAAGCGAUGUGAAGUACAAGAAAGAUGCUCAAACCAUGCACGAGCCAGUUUCAGACCUCCCAAAUUUGUUGUUUUUAGACCAUGCUCUGAAAGCCAGCAAAAUGCUCAGUGGAUGGGAAUAUAAAAAGAAUUUUGAAGACAACAAAGGAUUGUAUCACUUUGAUGCAGAGGCCACUGAACACCUGCACCAUAAAGGCAACGCCACCCUCCAGAGUCAGGUAAAAUACAGAGAAGAAUAUGAGAAAAACAAGGGCAAGUCCAUGCUUGAGUUUGUUGAGACACCAUCUUAUCAGUCUUCGAAGGAAGCUCAGAAGAUGCAGAGUGAGAAAGUUUACAAAGAAGAUUUUGAGAAGGAGAUUAAAGGGAGGUCCUCACUGGAUUUAGACAAGACUCCUGCAUUUCUACAUGUGAAGUACAUCACCAACCUGAUGAGGGAGAAAGAAUAUAAAAAAGACUUGGAAAAUGAAAUAAAAGGGAAAGGAAUGGAACUUAGUUCAGAAGUCCUUGAUAUUCAGAGAGCAAAGCGAGCAUCUGAAAUGGCCAGCGAGAAAGAAUACAAAAAGGACCUGGAGUCAGAAAUUAAAGGGAAGGGAAUGCAAAUUGACACCAAUACACUUGAAAUACAACGUGCCAAGAAAGCUGCCAAGAUAGCCAGUGAGAAAGAUUAUAAAAGAGAUCUGGAGACAGAAAUUAAAGGAAAAGGAAUGCAGGUCACUGCAGACACUCUAGAUGUUCGGAGAGCUAAGAGGGCUUCGGAGAUGGCCAGCCAGAAGCAAUAUAGGAAAGACUUAGAGAAUGAAAUUAAGGGAAAAGGAAUGCAGGUGAAUAUGGAUAUCCCAGAUAUGCUUCGAGCCAAGAGGGCAUCUGAAAUCUACAGCCAGAAAAAGUAUAAAGAUGAAGCUGAGAAAAUGCUUUCUAACUAUUCCACUGUGGCAGACACUCCCGAAAUUCAGCGAAUCAAGAUGACGCAACAAAACAUUAGCAAUGUGUCUUACAAGGAAGGUGUGGGGGCUGGCACAGCCCUAAGGAACACUCCAGAGAUUGAACGAGUGAAGAAAACCCAGCACAAUAUCAGUUCACUCCAGUAUAAAGAGCAAAACUAUAAGGCCACUCCAGUAACCAUGACUCCAGAAAUAGAAAGGGUGAAGAGGAACCAGGAGCAGCUGAGUGCGGUCAAAUACAAAGAAGAGCUAAAACAGGCAACUUCCAUUCCAGAUCUACCAGAGUUGAAGAGAGUGAAAGAAAACCAGAAGAAUAUCAGCAAUGUUUAUUAUAAAGGUCAACUGGGAAGGGCUACAGCUCUCAGCGUCACUCCUGAAAUGGAAAGAGUGAAGAGGAAUCAAGAAAAUAUUAGCUCGGUGAAAUACACACAAGACCACAAACAAAUGAAAGGUAGACCAUGUAUGAUCUUAGAUACACCUGCUUUGAGACAUGUUAAAGAAGCACAAAACCAUGUUUCCAUGGUCAAGUAUCAUGAAGAUUUUGAGAAGACAAAGGGGAGAGGCUUCACUCCUGUUGUGGACGACCCUGUGAUGGAGAGGGCGAGGAAGAACACCCAGGUUGUGAGCGAUGCUGCCUAUAAAGGUGUUCAGCCUCAUGUUGUGGAGAUGGAUCGGAGACCUGGGAUCAUCGUUGACCUCAAAGUGUGGCGCACAGAUCCUGGCUCCAUCUUCGACAUUGACCCCCUGGAGGACAAUAUUCAGUCUAGAAGUCUCCAUAUGCUCUCUGAAAAGGCAAGUCAGUACCAAAGACACCUGUCUCGCUCUCACUCCAGCAGCACUUUUGGUACAGGUCUGGGAGAUGACAAGUCAGAAAUCUCCGAGCUCUACCCUAGCUUUUCAUGCUGCAGUGAGGUAACAAGACCAUCGGAUGAAGGAGCACCUGUUCUUCCUGGAGCUUACCAGCAGAGUCAUUCCCAAGGCUAUGGGUACAUGCACCAGACCAGUGUGUCAUCCAUGAGGUCAAUGCAGCAUUCACCAAAUCUAAGGACCUACCGAGCCAUGUACGACUACAGUGCCCAGGAUGAAGAUGAGGUCUCCUUCCGAGAUGGUGACUACAUUGUCAAUGUGCAGCCCAUUGAUGACGGCUGGAUGUAUGGCACCGUGCAGAGAACCGGGAGAACGGGCAUGCUCCCGGCAAAUUAUAUUGAGUUUGUGAAUUAAUUCUUUCUCCUUGCCCUUUGAGCUUUAUUCUGAUGUAUUCUACACCCAAUCUUUUUAAAAGAUAGAAGAUACUUUUCAGAUAACUUGGCAAUUAUUUUACAAUAAUGUAUCCUUACUUUGACAAUUAGACACACAGGUACCAGGAAAAGGGAAUGACUUUUGGGCUGGAAACAGCAGCAUCCAUAGUAGUUCCUGCAAACAAAACCAUUAGGUCUGGAGACCUGGUGCUGCUAAUUGUGUUUGUGGUUUCAUUUAAUUGGCUAUUCAACCCUCCUGGGACAUGUAUUUUUGUAGACUUUAAUAGAGAUGUUGAUUGUCCCUUAAAUGUAACAAGUGUAUGAAACUUCUUAGCUGUCACUUGGAAUCAUCUGAAGCCAAUUCUCAUAGUCCAGCAACACAGCCAAUAAUCUAAAAACUGUUCAGCUUUUGAAUCGUUGGGUAAUUUUCAAUUCAGAUGAGAAUUGCCUAGUAUAAUAAAUGGAAACAGUGGAGGAAUGAGUCUGAUUAAAAUCAUAUUGACUGUAGCCUUAGGGAGCAGGCAGGAAACUUGCCCUUUUCCUAGGCUCACCAGGAUCUAGUUAUUUCUCAUGUGUUUCAUGGUAUAGCCUAUCUCCAUUUACGUUCUGUGGAGCGGAGCAUGUGCUCAGGUCCUCAGAAUAUCAGGACCAGGUAACUUCACAGCUACUCUGCAAAGGGCAAAGUUCAAUGUCAUCUGUAUUAUUUCCCUAGUAGCCUCUAUCCUGCUGCAUGUCUUGUGGGCUUAAGCUUCUGUAACAUGGCAGCUGCUUGCCCAUCCUUGUUAUAAAAGUCAGCAGUGUGACUGAUCUCUCCCUGCCCUUCCUUCUAGCUGUCAGCUCACCAGAAAACAUUUUGAAAAGUUGCUUGAGACUUUCUUGCUGUAUUAAACUCUAGUUUUGAAAGACUCAUGCCUUAGGAAAUACACAUAUACUCUAGUAAAUAGAAAAUUUAUGUAUUUACUGGAUCGCUUUCACUCACUUAAUACCACCAUUGAUUUGAAAGUGAAAUGAAUUCAACAGCAUCCCAUGUGAGGGGAAAUGGACUAUACAGUACACUGGGAGAAAGCCAAAACACAAAGCAGUAAGCAGAAGUUUGCUCCACAGUUAGAUGGCUUGGUCUUAUAUUUUGGCAAUUGGUCUUCAGACUCUGGGAUGGAAAUAUAGCCACUAAGCAUGUUCAUAAAAAGGAUUCCUUUCCCCACCCUGCUUUUUGUUUUCUAAGUCACCUUUGGGAUUAGAAAAGAAAGUCAACAGUGAUCAGAUCAGCAGAUGAUUCACUAAGAAGGAAAUAGGUGUCUUGUGUUGAGUGAGUGUGCAGGGUUUUCAUAGUGUCACAGCCCCAAGUAGAACCAUUACUGUUGUGUCUUCAAUUUGCUCUGGAGUCUGCAGUCAAAGUCAGUGGAUGUUGAUGUGUAUCACAACUCUGUUUUUCUCAUGGUGCCUCUUACUGUGACUUGAAGCAGGGUGGCAUUUGUGUGAGAUCUGAAACUGAGGAAAGCAGAGUCACAAAACUAUACGAAGAUACUGAGAUUGUGGGACUAUCUACACAAUAUGUUCAAGGAAAUUAAUAAAGCACCCACCAGUGAAAAACAUUUGAAUGAAAUGUUUGUGAGGCCAAAGCUCCAAGUUGGUUCGUUUAAACCUUUGAAGAGUGAGCCCGUGCUCUGGAAAAUCAGUAGUUUCGUUAGAUUUGCCUUAAAGAAAAGUUUUAUUACACUGAGCUGUGUUUCUGUGACGCUGAUAGAAAACUGAAAAGAAAAAUAACUAGAGAUGUUCCUGGAAAGAGUUUUAUAGACUUGUAAAUAAAGAGCUUACCUAAUUUCCUGUCAUUUAAACAGCCAGUCAUGAUUAACCUUCCUGUUUUCAUGUCUUGAACACACACCUACAAAGACAAACUGCACUUGCAAUAAUUUUGCAAAAAUCUUUACACUAAUAACAAGGGUGAUAAGCUGGCUGAUUUAUGUUAUGUGUCUUUAUGCUUUCCCAGGCAGACGAUGUGUGUGUGUUUGUGAUUAUUAAAAAAAAAAAAGAGUAGUUGUUGAUUAAAACUUCAGGCUAAAUGCAGGGCAGGUAUGAUUUUUGAUAAUAGUGUGUGUGCAGGAAGCUCAACAGAAGUCGACUUUGAAAUGAUACUUAACAUCAGCUGGUCCUCACAAAGUUGCAGCUCAAUGGUCCAUGUUCUUGCCACUCAUUCAUUUCAAAGUCAGACCUGAAUGUGAAAGUCAGUACAUAUUUGGGAAAUCCAUGUCCUAAAUGUUGAGCCUUACUUAAUGUUUGCAUAGCAAGAUUUUUCUGUUUUAAGUCCUGCAGAAUUAAGAUCUGAUCUGGAUUCAAUAAAGGGCAGCUUUUUUUUCCCCAAUACUGACUGAGGCAGAACAAGACAUUGCAUGCUCUUGAGGUCAUGCAUUGAUAGUCUUGACACUGUUACUAGCACUUGUAAGGAUGUUACCCAUCUCAUCAGAAAAUCUGAGCAUAGAUGUGUCAUACCCAGAUGCCAUCCUUUGGAGCAUCAUUUAAAAAAUGCUGUAUUCUUAACACACUUUCCACAUGCCCCCACCCCCUUGCAGUUUGGCAGCCAGUAUCUCACAUGGAACACUAGCAGCUAUAGAUGAAUUUAAAAACAAGUCCAUUAGAAAUCAGGUUAAAGGAACCUAAACACCAGACACAGAGAUCAUGCAUCUGUUCCUAAAUGGGAUGGUUUCUCAAGCCCGACGGAAGCACAAGAAGCCGCCUGAUACCCUUCUCCAAGUCUCUGAAGACAAAUGUAUUUGGUUCAAGUUCCUCUUGAGAAAAGUUUAGCAACAGAAUAUAAUGCUUUUGUUGUAAGCUUUUGUAGUAGAUUAAAAAAAUAUUUCUUGUUCUCUGGAGAACUUUCUAUUUCUAACCUGUGACAAAAUGAAUGCUUCAUGUCUUCAUUGUGUUUGCACAUCUGCAGCACACCCAGUUUGAAAUUUUGAUCUGGUUGUCAUUCUCCAUGGAGUCCCUGCAUCUUCCCAUGUCUCUCAGCCUCCACAGAGCACCCAGGGAUGUCUAAGCACAAUUUCCACAAGCACCUUGUGUGGGGAUGGGUGAUAUUAUGAUAGUCCUUCCCUUGUCCAGGCUCUUUAUUUGAAGAUGUUGAAGAUGCCAUUUGGCCAGUUUUACUGUAGUCUUUCAUUCUAGGUCCUCUCUGUGCUGGGGUUCAUAACACUCUAAGAAUGCUGGGAAAAUCUUUUCUACAAAUGAGAGCAAGGGACACACCCAGUUUUCAGGUUCCUCCACCUCUAGUAGAAUACUUUCAGUGAAAUGAUAAAGAAAGUAAGUGUGAUCUUUAAUAACACAGCCCUAUAUACAGUGGAUAUAGUUUAUACUAAUGUUAUAAUAUAGAUAUAUACAAAAUAGGUGCCUUUUGAUUAUACUUGUUUAUCAUUAUGGUCUUGGAAAGGAAAGCAAGCAAGCAAGCAAGCUUCUGCAUAUUCUAUUACAAUAUUUUAUGAUACAUGAUUGAUAUUUUUGUGGUGAGAAGUGAGAUGCCCCUACCUGAAAGAUGUCACAGCUGGUUGUAUAUUCCUCCUAAAGGUUUAGAACUUUAGACAAUAUUGACUUCUUCCAUUUUCUGAAAAGUUGGGAUUUUUUUCUUGUAGAUUUAUAUGUAGUUGAGAUAUAUAAGCAUUAAGUUUGUUUGGGGUUUAAAAUACUUAUGGUGAGAUAGAUUAGUUAUAUUAUGAGGCUGAAUUCACUGAGUAAGAUGAGCUUUAUGGCCUGAUUAUGUUUAUGUUUUAACUGUUUGCCUUUGAUAAUCUGAAUGUGGCUACAUUUGCACUUGUAUGGGGUAAUACAAUGUGGUGAUAAAGCUUCAGUUAGGUAGGAAGCUAUGUAAACUAAUUUAAGAUGCUAAAAUGAAAGGCUCUCUGAAGUAUUCUGUACCCUGUAGGGCCCUUUUCCAGGCAAGUAGUUGUCAAUAACUAAUGAUCAAAAAAAGUUAAGACAUUGUGGGAAACUUCUGUGGUCAUCAUUCCAGGAUGCAUAAGACUACUAGAAUCCUCCGGCCUAGAAGGCUCCCUGGGCAAAUGUCCUUCCCAAUUGUCUGUGACUUCAGUAUAUCCACAGGACUCCAUAUGCUUACUGUGUCUGAUAUGUGGUAUCCUGUUUGCAUAGCAUACAUGUUGCUGUUGUCAACUAUUGUUCAAGAUGGUUUCCUUUAAAGGAAAGAGAGAAAAACUGCAUUUCAGCCUCCUUCCUUCAUGUCCAUACAAUGAAUUGCUAAGCAUUUUGGAAGUAGCAACAAGUGUGUAACAGGCAUGAUAUUUGUGGGACUGUUGGCUUUUGACCUGUGAUAAAAAGAGAAAUUUGAAUGAUGUAGCUUGGCUUCUGUUUGCUUUGAAAUAUGCACAAUUGUGGUUGGUGAUUAAUUUGUAAAGUUGUACUAACUUUGAGAACAUAAUGAUUGUGAAAGAAGCAGUAAAUGUUUUUUCAAUGGGAGGGGAAUCACAGAAUGAUUUAAGGUUAUUAGUAUAAUUUGGCUUUUGUUAUGCAAAUUGUUAACACCAGCUAUUAAAAUAUAUUUUAGUAGAAAUGCUUUAAUUCAUGUUUUUUUCCUCUACACUGUGAAUCUUGAAGCCUUGGUGGACCAGAGACACAUUGUGAUGUCCAAAGGACUAACCUAUGCAAAUGAGUUCACAUCUUAUUGAUGUCACAGUAAACAUGUGCUAAGAAAUUAUUUCUCCGCAUAACAUGCAGCAGUAUUGGAAUAGCACAGGAAGCCCGGCCUCCCAUGCAUUACACUGUAGUCUCUCACAAUCCCUUCAAGGCCACCAAAACCAUUAGCAUUUGUGGGAAUCUGAUUGGUAUCUAUUGAAACUACUUGAAUGAUACCGGGAGGAAGAUGGCAGACAGGCAUCUUGGCUGUGGCUUUCAUAGAACUAUGUUCUCACAUAUUCUCUCUUCGGGGUCUUGGUAUUCUGUGUCCUCUAUCUGUAUUUGUAAAUUCAUUAAUUUCCUAUCAACACAUUUGGUUUGCUUAAAUAAAUACAGGAUGUAACAAAA